AUGAUAGCAACCGGAGGAGUCAUAACAGGACUGGCUGCCUUAAAAAGGCAAGACUCUGCCAGAUCUCAGCAACAUGUAAAUCUUGCCACGGCACCAGCUUCUGAGGAGAAGAAACCAGUUAGACGCCGGCCCAGGGCAGAUGUAGUAAUUGUCCGUGGCAAAAUCCGUCUCUAUUCUCCAUCGGGAUUCUUCCUUGUUUUGGGAGUGCUUAUCGCAUUCUUGGGAAUUGCAAUGGCCAUCCUGGGAUACUGGCCCCAAAAGGAACAGCUUUUAGGAUCUGAAGAUUAUCAAUCAGUAAAUGAAACCAAGGUCCUGAGAAGCCAAGGAAGCAUUUUACUUCGUUUCUUUGAACAGCAUGUGCAGUCAGAUAAAAUGAAAAUGUUGGGGCCUUUUACUAUGGGCAUUGGAAUCUUCAUUUUUAUUUGCGCAAAUGCCAUUCUGCAUGAAAACCGUGACAAAGAAACAAAAAUCAUACACAUGAGAGACAUAUACUCCACUGUAAUAGACAUCCACACCCUGAGGAUCAAGGAACAAAAGCAGCUGAGUGGUGCCUUCACUGGCUUGUUGGGGGAAGGAGAGCUCAGGCACAGUGGGAGCUCGUGUGCAUCACGGCUGGCUGCAAACACGGUUGCACCUUUCUCUGGCUUCAAGGGUCGUUUUAGAGUGGAUAGUUCUGCCGAAGAAGAUGAGAUUACCCUAAAUGAAGACAGGACCACUGGUAGCCUUCUGCCACCUCUGCUGACUGAGCAAUCUGGUUCAGUCUUUGGACUUUACCCUCACUCCAGCAAGGCUUCAGAUGACAAAAACACUAGCUCUUUAAAGUGUGAAACAAAAUCCAUUGUGUCAUCUUCCAUUAGUGCUUUCACACUGCCAGUAAUUAAACUGAAUAACUGUGUUAUCGAUGAGCCCAGUAUAGACAACAUAACUGAGGACUCGGAGAUCACUAGGAGUCGGUCUAGAAAUCUGUCGAUGGAUUCUCUGGCCAUUCCACUAGCCGAUACCAAUGAAUCCUACAGACCAGCCACUGCCAUGCUGCCACGACAUAAUUCAUUUGUGGAUACACCAACUGAUCAGUUCAAAUCUUCUAUGACUCUCGGACCAAGCACAGGAAAGCUUUUAUCGCCUGGCGCUGCCAGAAAACAGUUUGGGUCCAACACGUCUUUGCAUCUUCUGUCUUCACAUUCAAAGUCCCUGGACUUGGACAGGGGUCCAUCUACGCUCACUGUCCAAGCUGAACAAAGGAAACACCCCAGCUGGCCCAGACUGGAUCGGAGCAACAGUAAAGGGUAUAUGAAACUAGAAAACAAAGAGGACCCAAUGGAUAGGUUACUUGUGCCACAAGCUGCAGUCAGGAAAGACUUUACUAAUAAGGAAAAGCUUCUUAUGAUUUCAAGAUCUCAUAAUAAUUUGAGUUUUGAACAUGAUGAGUUUUUGAGUAACAAUCUGAAGCGGGGAACUUCUGAAACAAGAUUUUAA